AUUUCUUAUGGUUAGUAGUGUGGGGAGCUUCCCAUAGAACGGUACGAAACGUGUGCAUUUAUAGUGGAGAUUUUUUUCGCUUUCAUACAAAAAAUAGAAAGCAAAAUAAACUACAUAUUAGAUAACUGGAAUCCAACAGCUGUUUUUGUAUAUAUUAAUAAUAAUAUAAAAAAACAACUCACUCUCUCAACAUGAUCACCAUUCAACAAAUUGUAAGACGCUCUGUUUGCAAACAAUUUUAUGCUGGAUCAAUUCCAAUAACAGUGAAGCACAAAAAUUUUGCCACCAAAAGCUCAAAUAAUGAAAUUACCGAACAACACCCCUUGAAGGGUAUAAAAAUCUUAGAUCUUACUCGCAUAGUAGCGGGACCAUAUUGUACUAUGAUAUUAGCUGAUAUGGGUGCAGAAGUAUAUAAAAUCGAAAGACCUUUUGCUGGUGGUGAUGAGUCGAGAAAAUGGGGUCCUCCCUUUUUAAAGGAAAGUAAAGAUUCUACUUAUUUUUUGGCCUCAAAUCGUAAUAAGAAAAGUGUUUGUCUUGAUUUAAAGAAAGGAAAAGACAUUAUUUAUGAAUUGGCUAAGAAAUGUGAUGUUCUAGUGGAAAAUUAUGUUCCCGGCAAAUUAGAUAAGUUGGGUUUGGGUUACCAACAAAUGAAAGAGAUUGCACCGCAUUUAAUUUAUUGUUCCUUAACGGGUUAUGGUUCUCAGGGACCCUAUGCCCAAAGACCCGGUUAUGAUGUUAUUGCUGCUUCUAUGGGUGGUUUACUGCACAUUACUGGUGAACGUGGAGGUCCCCCAAGUAAGGUAGGUGUGGCUGUUACUGAUGUAGCCACCGGUCUUUAUGCUCAUGGCGCUAUUUUAGCUGCUCUAUUGCAACGUCAACGCACCAACCAAGGCCAGAAAAUUGAUGUUAAUCUACUUUCCACACAAGUUUCCCUGCUAAUCAAUGUUGCCUCCAACUAUCUCAAUGCUGGUCUAGAAGCUCAACGCUGGGGUACUGCCCACUCAAGUAUAGUGCCCUAUCAAAGUUUCAAGACAAAAGACGGUUAUUUAACCAUUGGCACUGGUAGUGAUCUACAAUUCGAGGAAUUAUGUCAAAAACUUAAUCUUCAAGAAUUAGCCAAAGACAGUAAAUUCAAAACAAAUAAAGAUCGUGUCAACAAUCGUGAAGAACUUAUUGCCAUAUUAGAGAAAAUAUUAUCUCAGAAAUCUUCUAAGGAAUGGAUGAAACUAUUCGAUAAAGUUUCCUUUCCUGCAGGUCCUGUCAAUAGCAUUCAGGAGGUGUUUGAAGAUGAUCAUAUUAAGGCAAUUGAUCUGGUCAAAACAUUGCCACAUCCUCAAGAUGGUACCGUUAAAGUAGUGGGUCCACCAGUCGUGUUCAGUGACGCUAAAAAUGAUGCUCGUACUGCCCCUCCCAUUCUAGGUCAACACACCGAUGAUGUUUUGCAAGAAGUAUUGGGUUAUACAAAAGAACAACUCAAUGAACUUAGAAGUAAGAAAAUCAUUGAAUAAAGAGUGUAAUUAAUAUAGAAGUGUAUCUAUCUGUAAAUAUGUAUGAAAAUUUAAUUUGAACUGAUAAUGUGUACUACAUAUGUGUCUAUGAUAAGACAAAAUAAAGUUUGUGUAUAUUAAAAAUGAA